CCCCGCUGCCCGAAGAGGCCCGCAGGCGCCGGGCUGUGACGUCACGCAGCUCGCCUGCAGUCCGGCGUGCAGCUCGGCCUCCGCCGCCAGCACAGCCCCGCCCGCACCGGGCGUUUCCGGUCACCAGGGCCAGGGGCGCACACGUACCCUCGCGGCUGCGGAGGCGGGGUGUCGGGCCAUGGCCGGGGUCCGCAGGCUGCAGCUGGCGGAGGCCCUGGCGCUGGGGCAUGGCUGGCGGCACGCGUGCCACGCGCUGCUUUACGCGCCGGACCCGGGGCAGCUCUUUGGCCGCAUCCCGCUGCGCUACGCGGUGCUGAUGCAGAUGCGCUUUGAUGGGCGCCUGGGUUUCCCUGGCGGCUUCGUGAACGUGCAGGACGGCAGCCUGGAGGAUGGGCUGAACCGCGAGCUGGGCGAAGAAUUGGGUGAGGCCGUUGCCGCCUUCCGCGUAGAGCGCGGGGACUACCGCAGCUCGGUCACCGGGUCCGGGCCGCACGUCGUCGCCCAUUUUUAUGCCAAGCGCCUGACGCUGGAGCAGCUGGUUGCAGUGGAGAAGGGAGCACCGCACGCCAAAGACCAUGGGCUGGAGGUACUGGGCCUGGUGCGGGUGCCCCUGUAUACCCUACGGGAUGGUGUGGGAGGCCUGCCUGCCUUCUUGGAGAAUUCCUUUAUUGGAGCCGCACGGGAGCAGCUGCUGGAAGCCCUCCAGGACUUGGGAUUGAUGGACUCUGGCUCUCUUGCACGCUUUACUCAGUACUUCACUAGACGCAGCCUUCCAUAGACCCAAGGAACCUGAGAUCAGGACCUUGGUAAUGCAAAAGGAGGGAGAGGAAAGGGAUGUUUUCUCUUAUGGGCUUGGGCCUGAUAAAUGAUGAUAAAUUAAAAGAAAUAUGUGCAAUAUGUUCUGAGCAGAGGUCCGUCCAGCAAAUCAUGGCAUCAGGGGCAAUAACAUACAGUUCAGCCCAGGGUCCCUGGCAAUUCUCAGAGCCCACCUGAUCCUUGUCACUUGCACGCACACAGCUUGCAGCCCCCAGACAUGUGAACACAAUCUGUGCCCACACACAAGCUGGCAUCCCUGCCAUGUCCAUUUUAAUCAGGAAGUGGUAUUAGUGGGGCCAACAUGUCAGCAUGCCCAUCUCAUUGCUAGAGAGGAGCCUCUAAAGCAGGGGAGAGUCUCUUUUCACGCUCUUCCCACAUGUUCCAUGUGAUGAUAAUGGCUGAUCUCCAGGGUCUCGACCAGCCCAUGCCUCUUAGGGAGGACAGAGAAGCAGAAGACACUUUACCCCAUCAAAAGUGGUCACAUCCUUGCCCUUGGGGUUGCCUAAAGCAUUAUCUCCCUGAGGGUGGCCUAACCAACCCCCUUAACUCCUCUGACACUGGGCAGAAGGGGCGUAGGAAUGGCAUGGUCUCCUUGGACUCCAGGCUUCUGGGUCCUGAUAUAUCUCCAAAGCCUUCAUCUUUAGGAUCCCUUAGACUCGGGACGUCAGAAGGGAACUGACCCAGCCCUGGCCUAGCCCUUCCCUGACAAAAAGUCUCCCAGUAAAGAAGGGUUUAUAGCUGGGCCUCAAGGCUCUUCAGUUCUUUGAACAGGUAAUCUCUUGGAGGUAUUGGAUAUCUAGGGGUGAGAGAGCCAUAGGCCUUGUCCAUGGGGUUGGGAAACUUUUUUAAAGGGCCAAAUGGUAAAUAUUUUAGGCUUUGUGGACCACAUGGUCCAUGUAGCAACUGCUUGACUCUGCCAUGUUAGAAGCAACAGUGAACAAUACAUAUGGCAAUGGAUGUGGCUGUUUCCCAAUAAAACUUUAUGCAAAAAAGGAGGUGGGAGGUAGCUGGCCUGUGGGCAUUCAUUUGCCAGUCCCUGCUUUCGAGAGGAAAUAAGUAAUAAUUUUAAUUAUGAUACCUAUUUUUUUUUUUUUUAUAUCAGUGUUAAAGAAGUAAAGAAAUGAUGCAGG